AUGCAGUCUCUGCGCGCGUCCACCUCGCAGCUCGUCGCCUGCGCCGCGUGCGCCCUCCCCUCGACCUCGCGCCGCACCUUCGCCUCGUCCGCCUCUCGCCUCGUCAGCGUCCCACGGACCGCGCGCAAGACCCCAACGAGCAAGCAGGUCAAGACGCUCAGCAAGCCACGCCCACUCGCCGUCGGCACGCCCCGGACCGAGCUCUUCACGGGCCUCACGAUGACCCCGGCCGUUCGGGGCAGGUCGUCGCUCGUCAACGAGGCGAGCGCGCGGGCGGUCGUCAAGGCGUGGGGAGUCGACCAGAUGGACGGCGUCACGGUUGUCGAGGCGUACGCAGGACCAGGAGGCUUGACGCGCGCGUUCCUCGAGCUGCCCAACGUCAAGCGGUCAAUCGCCGUCGAGGACGCGUACCGGUACCUGCCCCAACUGAAUGUCUUGAAGGAGCGGUACCCAGGCCGGUACGAGCACAUCCUCGAGGACCCGUUCCGGUGGGAGGCGUACACGGACGUCGAGGAGAAGGGCUUCUUCGAGGACGUCCCGACCGUGCCGUGGGAGGACUCGGUGCACCCGAAGCUGUUCUUCGCGGCACAGCUCCCGAGCUCGUCGUACGGGCAGCAGCUCUUCGUCCAGCUCGUGUCGGCCAUCGCAGGCCAGAUGUGGUACUUCCAGAAGGGGCGCAUGCAGAUGGGCUUCCUCGGACCCGAGGCGCUGUGGAAGAAGAUCCUCGCCAAGCCGGGCGACAGCGACUACCACAAGCUCGCCGUCCUGCUCAACUCGCUCGCCGUCAUCGAGCGCACGCCGACCCUGUCGGGCCUCCAGCCGGCGACGAUGCACUUCCACCGGCCGCGCGGCGACGUCGCCGUCGUGACGCCCAUCAAGGUGACGCCGAGGCCCAAGGCGCUCGUCAAGAACUACGACGCGCUCGAGUUUGUCACGCGCCACAUGUUUGUCGCCAAGGCGACGCCGUGGCACAAGGCUUUUGCCUCGAUCUCGCCCGGCGCCGGCAACCUCGUGCCCAAGCUCAUCGAGCUCGGUGUCGGCGCCGACAAGGUCGACAAGGCCGUGUCGCACCUGCAGAUGCACGAGUGGGUCAUUCUCGCCGACGUGUUCGACGCCUGGCCGUUCCGUCCGACGACGCUGUUCGACGACUUUGCGUGGACGCAAGACCGGAUCUGA